CGGUGCGACGGCGUCGAGAUGCUCUGGUCCGGCGGCAGGAUGUGCGCCUUCUUCGCUCUCGUCUCGAUGUUUCUUGCGGGGCUGGCGGCGGCGUCCUCGGAUCUGUUUGACAACCAACUGGGUGACAUCAAUUACUGCAAAAAGCAAUGCCAGCUCGCCAUCAGAAACAAAAGCCCCGCUAAAGAGUCUAUAAUGAACGCCUGUCACCGUGGCUGCCGUCUCUACUCCAUCUGCCAGUUUGUCAAUGGCAAUGCUGGCUUUAACACCAGCAGGGAGGAGUGUCAGGGAGCCUGCCAGGAGGCAUAUAUUAAGCUGUUGGAGCAGGAGGCCUGCAGCACCGGCUGUGCUAGCCAACCGUCUGAACCUGAGAUCAAGAGGAGGAAGCUGAAGGCCCUGACCCACCGUCCCAAACCCCCCACUGUCAUGGAGGCUGUGUCCAGCUGGUGCAAUGACAUCGUCAGCUCUGCCCAGAGCUUCAUCUCCUCCACCUGGACUUUCUACCUGCAGGCUGACGAUGGCAAGGUGGUGGUCUUCCAGAGCCAGCCAGAGAUGGAGUACUCUCUUCCUGAGCUGCAAGCACCCCGCUCCAACGUGGCGGACAAACCCUGGCCACAGGUUCACUCUCACACCCAGAGACCCCACGGUGUGAGAGGUCAUGGGGAAAAAGGACCGGCCAAGUCAGGAGGCAAAGGGAAGCACCCCGCGCAACAUACAGACGAUCCUACUGCUGAGCACGACUUCCUAGGCUGCAUGUCAAGGCGUUCAGGUCUUCCACGUUGGAUUUUGGCGGCCUGUCUCUUCCUCUCCAUCAUGGUCAUGCUGUGGCUAAGCUGUGCCAGCCUCGUCACCGCGCCAGAGCAGCACGUCAAGACGCAGCUGAGUAUCAAUGGAGACAAAGAAUUUCUGGAUGACGCACACAAAGUCAGCCCGUACCUGACUCCCGUGAUUGCCAUUGCUGUGAACCAAUCAGAAGAGAGCCAGGAGGCGGGACCACUGCCGGUCAAGGUCGACCUCAACAAGACAUGUAUUUAA